GCGCCCGCCCGCCCCGCCCACCGUUACUAUAAAGGGAAAGCUGGCUGCGAGCUGGCUAAGCUCUGUCCGGCGCCUCGGAUCCGUGUCCAUCGUUUGCACCGUCAGGUCGCUCGUCAGACCCCCAGCUGCCAAGAUGGUGAAGCAGAUUGAGAGCAAGUACGCUUUUCAGGAAGCCUUGAACAGUGCAGGAGAGAAACUCGUAGUAGUCGACUUCUCAGCCACGUGGUGUGGGCCUUGCAAAAUGAUCAAGCCUUUCUUUCAUUCUCUCUCUGAAAAGUAUUCCAACGUGGUGUUCCUCGAAGUAGACGUGGAUGACUGUCAGGAUGUUGCUGCAGAGUGUGAAGUCAAAUGCAUGCCAACCUUCCAGUUUUUUAAAAAGGGACAGAAGGUGGGUGAAUUUUCUGGAGCUAAUAAAGAAAAACUUGAAGCCACCAUUAAUGAAUUAAUCUAAUCAUGUUUUCUGAAGACAUGACCAGCCAUUGGCUGUUUAAACUUGUAAUUUUUUUUUUAUUUACACAAAGGAAAGAUCAAGUAUGAAGAUUAUAUACCUUACUGCCAUCUGAUAAGUGACAAUAAAAUAUUAACUCUACACUUUUUAAAA